AUGGGUGAUCAAGAUGAAGAAAAGAAGGAGGAAGUUGUAGAUCCAAGAUGGGAAUUUUUAAAUAAUUAUUUAGCACGGACUUUGAAGUUGAAAGCUGAAAAAUGGCAAAAGUUUGCUUCCAACGAGGAAUAUGUGGGCAUCAUCAACAAGUUCUUCAACAAUCCUUCGAUUCCCUACAUGUUGAUUUAUGUAAAUAUUGCUGGAAUUUUGGUGGCAGGUCUAACUUUUCCAAAUGCCGCCAAAAAUAAAAUACCUUAUUUCUUUCGCAAACGAGAGGAAGAGAUCACUAAGGAUAAUUACAAAGACAUGAUGAUCAUCGGUGAAAUGCCACCAAAACCAGUCGAAGACCUACUUGUCCUCCUCGAGCAUGUCUUCAAGCCAAUGUUGCAGAAUAGUACAAAUGUAUCGAAUUGGCCGCAGAUUGUGACGACAGAUCUUCUUGAAAAGACACAGUCUUUGAAGAACUCCAUCACCCAAGUGCAAGGCUCCAUGCGCAACCAGACGAUACUGCCGAUGCCGUUUCAGCACGAAAAAGUUAUGCUGGAACAAAUUGAAUUAUCCGAAGAGAAUCCUGAUCACGACGUCGACGUGGAACUGCGUGCCCAUUUGGAAGAAAUCGUCACGGAAUGGGAUAAAAUGAUCAGGGCCGUUUUGAAUGAAAAAUCCACCCUGGCCUUUGCAAACGGCCGCCAUCCUUCUCCGAAUGAAGAAAUCAGAUUUUGGGAUUUGCGUCACAAAAACUUGCAGCACAUCUACUCGCAAUUUCAAGGCGAAGAUAUAAAGAACAUAGCUUCCGUUCUUGAGCUGGGCGGCAGCAUAUUUUUUGAAUACUUUAAGAAGCUGUUUUCCGAUUUGGUAGCAGCUUUGGCAGAAGCAGCUGAUAUAAUAUUAUAUUUGCGCCCUAUGUCCAGACACUAUGAAUUUUUUGAAAGCAACGACUUUCUAGAUUCGAAGCCUUUGAUUCGACCCAUGAUGUACUGCACUCAUCUGGUUUGGGGAAACUGCAAGUAUUAUGCAAGCCCAGAUAAAGUAAUUGUCCUUUUGACCGAAAUUAACAACAUGAUGAUGAACGAAUGUUCCAAGUCUUUGGAACCCGAAUCAAUGCUCCAAGGAGAAGUCGAUGAAGGGUACAAGAGAGUACUUAAGGCCGAGGAAAUUUUGAAGUACUACAGACAAGUCUGUAAUGAAUACAGAGGAAAUUUGGCCCAAUUCUGCAAAGAUCCUGAUUACAAGCCGCCCUACGAAUGGAACUUUCAUCCUUCGAGAAUAUAUUCAAGAUUCGACAUUUAUUUGAAACGUUUGGAGUUGUGCAAGGAACUUUUGACGACUGCUGUAGAUUUUUAUAGAUUGGAAAAAGUGGAAUUGGCUGGUAUACCGGGAAAGACUUUGGGAUACAAAACUGUACAGAUGUUUCCCGAGCCGGUUUCGGCCGGCCGAGUCUGCCUCGGCAAAGUGGCGCGCGCCCUGGAAAUCGCCAAGUACGCGGCUGAUGUACACAGUCUGUGA